GCGGAAAGGAAAGAAGAAGAACCUCCCGGGAAAAUACACGACCACCCAUCUUCCGUUGAAGAUGUUUUCGCGUUGAAGACGAAGAAAGAUCUUCGUAGGGACGACGUUGACGCGUACUUCCAAGUACUCGAGGACGACGAAGAUGAUGCUGACCCCUUUGCGCACACUAAUUUUUUCACCGACUCCGAAGGCGAGGAAGAUCAAAAACUUUUGGACAAGCGAGCAAACGACCCGAAAAUAAACAGCAAGGCUCUAGUACUUGAUGUCCCGAGAAUUAGAACGUCUGUUGACGGCAUCACAACUAGCACAACUACACCAACAGGAGCUACGACAAUCAGCACGAAAAGUACAACCCGGCUGCCCAGCUCGACGAGGCGCGUGAUUGCAAAGGAGACGCGGAUUAUCCAGGAGAAAUUGGCGCAGAAUGUGGAGAACUGCCUUUAUUUUAACCUCCCGACAGUGCAGGACCGAAAAAUGCAGUUUCUGUUACAACUCGAGGAACAGAAAUACAACCAGCACAUGUCGAAUUCCUUCCGAAAGCUGCUCGCUAAAGCGGAAAAAAAUGAGUGGAUCAACCAAAGCAAGUACAUCCCCUUAGAAUUAAACCUCGACCAGCAGCGGAAACUGUCAACCCGGCUGACGCGCGCGGGCGUGCCCGCGCACUUGCACCACGAAAUUUCGCAGUACGUGCGGUCCGGCGGAAAUUUGGAAGGGGAAAGUGUGGAAAGCACGGUCGUUCCCGUCACCUACAUGGUUCUGAACAAACACGGAUACCGCAAUUGGUCGCUGCAGCAGUGCUGCGCAAAACUCGGCCACGGGAAGUCCGCGCGCCGGGGAAAAAAGCGUGCUGGUUUUGCCGCGAUCGGGGAAUUUUCAACAUCGAACAAUAAUUACCGCUACAACAAUCAGAAUCAAAAAAUGAAGGAUCAUGAAGCCGGCUUUACUUCUGUCGCGGGAAAGCAGAGGACGAUCCGCAAACUGCACGCGGAGCUGGGUCUGGAAAUGCCCAUUGCGGACGCGGAUCGGAAAGCGGAAAUCCGAGAAUUGAUCUGGAA